UUUUGCGGAAUUUGUCAAAGCAGAAGACAAAACAAAAACAUGGAACCUCCAGCCUCCAAGAAACCUAGAGUCAGGGCCAAAAACUUUUCUAUGUCGGAGGUGGAGGUGUUAAAGACCGCAGUUACAGAUAACUUCAGUACAAUUUCAGCAAAACACUGCAAUGGAACAGGUGGAAUCACAAAGAAAAUUCAAGACAAAGCCUGGGCGACCAUCUGUGAAAAGGUAAACAGUGUCGGGAAUGCGAAGCGGUCCUUCGCUGAAGUGAAGGAAAAGUGGCGUAACCUCACUAAAAAGGCAAAAACUGAGACCACCAUGCAGAAAGUGUCCAUGCAGAAAACCGGGGGUGGACCACCAGCACCAUUGCCUGAUCCACUCCUGGAUGAUAUUGCUGGGUUGUUCUGUUCUUCAGCCUCCUUUCACGGGAUGCCAGGAGCUACUGACUGUGAAACUGUCACGAAAAGUUUAUGUGAGUAUUGA